GUGAGUGGCCAGCCGACGCUUGUCCCGAUUUUUUCCUUCAUACUACUUCUACUGCGAACAAUAAUUGUUUUUGUUAUUUAUCCCCAUGCGAUUAUAGUCCAACCUCGUUCCUUUGGUGCGCUUCUUACACUCAUUUCUCUUUACUUGCCUGUCAAUGUUUGGACAGCUGGCUUCUAUGGGACUGUCGUGAACGUGGCCGUGGCCAACCACCAGAUUCUCUUUCGAUCGCGAUGCCUCUAGGCGCCACAGCCGACCGGCCCUCUGCCUGGUGGAGGGCUGGCUCGUCGCUGACCAUGUUUGAGAUUGGCGCGCUAUGUCGUGGAUUCUUGCUGGGCUUGAACAAAUUGGAGGUCAAUGGCUUAGAGUCAUUUACGGAACUCCUCGACUCCAGACGGGACCCUUCCAAGAGAACGCGCGGGUUAAUCACCGUAUCCAACCAUAUCAGCGUAAUGGAUGAUCCUCUUAUGUGGGGAGCGUUGCCUAUGAAAUACCACUUUAAUCUUCCCUCGUUUAACCGGCGAUGGGGCUUUGGAAGCCAUGAUAUCUGCUUUGCUACUCGCCCAGGCGCCACAUUCUUCACACUCGGGCAGGUUCUGCCGACUCAUCGUCUGGCAUAUUCACCAUAUGGUGGCCUGUUCCAGUCAACCAUGACCCAGGGUGUUCGUCUCCUCUCGAAGGGACCGUUUCCUGCCGACCCCCAUUUUGCGAAGAUCGACAUGCAACGCUGGAGCCUUCGAAGUGUCUGCGUCGACCCCUUCUCCGAGCUCCCCACCGCGUACACCACUACUGGCGAAGAUGCAACCAUCUCCCCUUCGUCAUAUGCUUGCAAUUCAUACUCGUGGAUCCAUAUUUUCCCCGAAGGCAAAAUUCAUCAAUCCCCGAAAAAGAUCAUGCGGUACUUCAAAUGGGGGGUUUCACGACUCAUUCUGGAAUCGUCAGAAUGCCCAGACGUCGUGCCCAUCUGGUUAGAAGGCACAGACGAUGUGAUGCACGAAGAUCGCAAAUUCCCUCGUUUCCUGCCUCGGCCAUUCAACUCAGUCAGUAUCACGUUCGGCAAGAAGGCCGAUACGGAAGCCGUAUUUGGCGAUCUACGCCGUAGGUGGAAAGAAUUAAAAGCAAAGGCAGAGAAGACCAACCCAGCCGUGGCUCAGCUUCCUUUAGGCGUUCUUAGCGAAGAGCUCAUGUUUGACAAGGAAGCGGUCGAGCUGCGAAAGGAGUGCACGAAGAAAGUCCGCGAUUUAGUAUUAGAGGUGCGUCGGUCCAGAGGCCUCCCAGAUGAAGAUCCAAAGGCAAGUUUGGCCGAGACCUGGAUUCUGGAAGGACCGAAGAGGGAGGGAAAGAUGGAGGAUGAAUCUUGGUACACCCCGUACGCGUCUAUUAAACCCACUAAUACCGCCCAUCCAUCGCUACAAAGCUCGUCUAACGCUCGGCAUGGCCCCUCCGGCUCGUCGCCUUCUGGAGGUCGCUCCGUAAACGACCUCAUCCAUCACUUGCGCCGCACUCAAGUCAGCCCUACUGGAGAGGGGUCUUCAAGCCCUUCCAGGUCCACCACUCCACGAACCUUGCACCCGUCUAUUAGGAACAUACUCGACGUACCGGAGACACCACCACCGCGACCCCGCACAAACGUCAGGCAACUAGGCGGACGAUUUCGCAGGACACCAGGUCCGCCCCCUCCUUCGAGUUGGUUAAACAAUAAUCAACCGCAUAACAGUACAAUAGAUCGACGGGGAGGGGUAUCUGUGGGAUAUGAUCAGGUGCUUUACCGGCUUGAGCGGCUGCCCGGCGUAGUCUUCCCACCAAAGGAUAGCUUACAGCAUGUCGUACUCAAGUCUAUGGCGACCCACUGGAUGUGGCAUUUGGAUUACGAUGGAGAAUUUUUACUGGAGCUUCCAGAACGCAUGAAAAUUCUUUUACUGAGUUAUAUCGGAAUUUAUUCGCGCGACGUUCAUCCGAAGUUUCGAGCACAUGGACUCAGCAAUCUGUUUGCGAUACCAGAAGAUGGCGUGUAUAACGUGAAAGACAUCACACGGCUGGACUUGGGUGCUGCACUCGGCACUUGGACCAGCCUUAAGUCGUUGUUCAAUCAGCUACUUACUCCAUCCCCGGUAAAGGACAAUACGGACAACCAAAAAGAAGAGGUUAUUCCCGCGUCGUGGGAUGAGGCUGUAGAUGCCGAAGCAGAUAUUGACCCACUAGUUGUACCAUCGCCUUUAUCUGUGAAGUCAUUGUCUCAUGUUCUUCGGUUUCCGAACUUGAAAUACCUAUCUUUAGCUCAUCCAGACCCGGCGAGUUCUAACUGGGGCUCGCUUUUAAACCUGCUGUCUCACAUUCCUGCCUUGACGCAUCUUUCUCUUGCCCAAUGGCCUGUGCCGACACUCACCCCGAACUCGAUCCACACACGCGUUCGCCAUCCAACGAUUCGCUCCUUGACAUUCGCUGCUGGGGGGACUGACACAUAUACUGCCGAGGAGAACAGCUGGGUUGAGGCGGUUAGUAUUCUUCGCAGGCUAUCUCGUGCAACGUAUUGUCUUAAGUGGCUUGAUUUGGAAGGCUGUGGUGAAUGGCUCGGGGCUUUAUGCUGGGACGGCCAUGUAUCUGACGGGGACGAACCGUAUCAUGCGCCGUGGCCAGAAUGGAACGGAUCGUGGAGAGAUAUUGAAUGGGUCGGACUGGGUCCUGGAUGGAUACCCUCGUCGCAGGGCAUUGAAAACAAUGAUGAACUCCAAAACCCCAUCGUCCCGCUGGCAGCGUCUAUUCACGCCAAUACAAACCACCAACAGAACCCCCGGCCAGCAGCUGAUCCUGACGACCUGACCUCUGUUUUAACGGAACAGGAGUUGCGAGAAGCCGAGAUGGCGCGUGAACGGCAACGUCGCGUCAAUGAAUGGAAAGCGUAUGAAGAUGUACUCCGGAAAGCACGGAAGGUUGAGAAACAUGUGCAUCGCAUACGUCGCGACGGCGCUGGGAAAUGGAUUCAUUUUUCGUUUGGCGGUGAGGGUCGUGAAGAGAGACGGAUCAUUGAGAGGGUAUUGGAAGAUAUUGAUAAAAUUUAGUUUAUUAUUGAUCGGUGUAUUGCAUAUCUGCGUUACCCGAUGAGCACGAGAUUAAACAAUAUCAUUCUUACUCUAGCUAGUAGCAAUGGAAUUACCUGGAUGACGGCGAUUCAUUUACUUGCAAGCUUGAUCGGACGAUAAAUGUAACAUUAAAGUGUCGUAAUAUCAAUCGAAG